AUGCAGGGUGGAGGUGCCCAGAAGGCACGCUUGGCAAGUUCCAAACGGGCAGGGACUGGCAGUGGUCGCCAGGACGCAUUGUUGGAAAGCGAAGCGACUCACAAUGACUCUUCAGCGAAGAAUGCCUGCCAUCCUGACCCAGGUAUCAUCGUGUACAGCCUGGCGAGGUGCUGCUCUGCCUCCAGUGAGUCUCUGGGACCCGGCAGGGAGCUGGUGGACGUCCACCGAGGCUUCGUGACCGACUCGAUCCAUCUCUUUGUGCUUUUCUACGCCAACCUCAUCGUCCUCUCAACACACCUCCCACAGGAAAUGCUCAAACUCCUCCCACUCCUCGCUGCCUUCUUCGCCCUCGCCAGGUUGAUUUACUGGGGGACGUCCGCCAUGAGCAGUACUUUCCGGGGCUUCGGAUACGGCCUCACCUUCUUCCCCAUCGUGGGCCUCCUGGUCGCCAACCUCUGCUACAUGUUCGUCCUGGGGCCCGACAAGAUGUUCGCCACCUCAGCCAGCGGGUCCGAAGGCCAGGAGGAGGCCUCGGGCCCACGCCAGAGAUUCUGGGGUUGAAGGUUCGAUCCUCGGAGAAUGGGCUCCUGUUGCCUUGGUCACUAUCGACUUGCCAGUUAUCAGACUCUUGUCUAGCUUAAUAACGGGUGUUUUGUUUAUUAUGGUUUAUUUUUCAGGCCUCCCCACCUCCCUUCCACCCCCACCUACAUCCUGUGUUUAUUCAGUUUCCAAUUCGACUGUAUUGAUAUUCUUUUUUAUACCUCCUCUGGCAGCCUCCCAGGAGAGACAAGGCGAAAUGAUGAAUAAAUUAAAGUGUAACACGAGAUCUCUGUUUCUCGCUCAUUCCCGUAAGGGUCAGUUUACACAGUUGCCUGGUGACACAGACUGACACGCACUCCGAGAGCACCGAGCGCGUCACGCAACAGGAGACUCAGCCGGUUGUUGUCACACAGGAAAGGCAGCAGUGGGUUAGCGCACAGCAAGCUCCCACAAGCAGCAAUGUGACCAUGACACAUUUAAGCCUUUGGUGAGGUUGACUGAGGGA